GAAUCCACAUUAAUAGCCAAUCCAGAGCUCCGAUUAUACAUCCUCGAAAGCCGGCAACUCAUCGUCCUGCACGGUCGCGUAUGCGACAGCUUGGGAUCAAAUCUGACCAUUCCGGUUGGCUGAGACUCAUCGUACGUUUAUACUGCGCCGGCUUCAACGGUCUGGGGAUCACCUCAGACAAAGAGCUUAGGCGGUUAUGCUGCAUUAUCGAGAUAUCGAGCAUUACAAAUGGACUUUAACGUUCCCCCGCGUAGGAGCAAUGCAUCAGAUGACGCGACGUCAUGAUAUUGGUUGAUAAAGGGAGCUCUUGGGAGCUAUCGAGAUUAGUUGUAGCUCACAUUGAUGGUACUGAUAAUCUUGAGUCAAAGCUUCGUAUUAGUAUAGUCAGAUAAGCAAUCUCAUUGAACAUGGCCCCUUCAGCAAUUGACGAGCGCAUCACCGAUGUCGCUGCGCCCCGUAAGGAUACUCUUGGCCUGCCAGAACCGACGUUGGCGCGUCUUCAGAAAGCCGGCGUCGACUUGUCGAAUGGCUACCCUUACAGGCCAGCGGCCCCCUUAUACCUCGACGAUGUUUACAAAAUUCGUGGCGAGCCGUGGAAGCACGAUGAAGCCGGCGCCCGCGCCGACAAGUCCAAGAGCGCUCUGUUCUCGGCCGCGACCAAGGUCACGGACUUGACAGCUCACAUUGGCACAGAGAUUGAGGGUCUCCAGCUCAAGGACUUGACAGACCAGCAGAAGGAUGAGCUGGCACUGCUCAUUGCUGAGAGGAGUGUUGUCUUCUUUCGUAAUCAGGAUCUUAGCCCACAACAGCAAUUGGCGUUGGGCAAGUACUAUGGUGAGGUUGAAGUACACCCACAAGUUCCCCAAGUCCCUGGCAACCUGGGCGUGACAGUCAUCUGGCCCGCCCUGCAGGCAACUGAACGGCAGGCAAACUUCCGCAACCCAGGCGGCGCCUCGCGCUGGCACACGGACUUGGUGCACGAGCUGCAGCCGGCGGGCAUCACACAUCUGCACAACGACACAGUGCCGCCGAUCGGCGGCGACACCCUGUGGGCUUCGGGUUACAGUGCGUACGAGAAGCUGAGCCCCGACUUCCGCAAGAUCAUCGACGGCAAGCACGCCGUGUACCGGUCCGCUCACCCAUACCUUGACCGCGAGCACCCGGAGGCCGGGCCCAAGUUCGUCGAGCGCAUCCACCCGCUUGUCCGUGUCCACCCGGCUACCGGCUGGAAGGCCCUCUGGGUCAACCGCUCCAUGACGGACCGCAUUGUCGGGCUCGAUAAGGCCGAGAGCGACCUCAUUCUGAACUAUCUAUACGACGUCUACGAGAAGAACAUCGAUAUCCAGGUCAGGUUCAAGUGGACGCAGGGCACGUCAGCGCUGUGGGAUAACCGUAUCACCAUCCACAACGCCAGCUGGGAUUAUGGUGGCCACUAUCCUAGACAUGGCACUAGAGUCACAACUCUAGGCGAAAAGCCUUACUUCGAGCCGGGAGCGCCGACGAGGCGCCAGGCGCUGGGCUUAUUGGAUAAGGAUGAGUUGCCCGCUGAUGGUCCCGCUUAAGUGUAAUGGUCUGCUCUAAUGCUAUGAACAAGCGCGGUAAAGAUAAGAUUUAGGCCACGGUCUGGAGACUGUAACAAAUUGUUAUACGUGGCUUUUAUACCCGUCUAUUUAUAAUUAUAAUUACCCGCUUGAAGUCCUGUCCGAUUGCGUCGUGGUGUUGUAAACACAGCCCUGCAGGAGACAAUAUUACGUAUUGCCAACCUUGUUCAGUUUAUCUAACGUAGAUACGGAAGGAAUCUGGUACCAUAAGC